AUGACGGACUCCAGCUCCAAAUUUCAACCUUUCACAUUGACAUUGGCAAACUCUGCAACUCUGACUGGCCGCUCUUACACACCCUCUGGAGCUGGCAAAAAGAACCAGCCUCUGCUGGUUCUGCUCCACGGCGGAGGCUGUCACGCUGGAUACUACGAUGUCGACGAGGACCAUACCGCAGCCGCAACAGCCCACGCUCUCCAGAUUCCCGUCGUUUCGAUCAAUCGACCUUGCUACUUGGGAACAUCGUCCCUGUUUCCACUCCCAGAAAACAGUUCGUUCCACCGAGAGACUGGCAGAUUGGAGCACUCGUACAUAUUCCCUGCCCUGUGGAAGACGUUCGGCCUACCAAAUAACUGCAGCGCCAUUGUUGCAAUAGCACAUAGCAUGGCCAAUCCUGGACUCUUGGUUGCAGCGUCUCUACAUGCGGAAGGUGGAAAUCCAGAAUAUCCUUUGGCGGGCUUGAUAAUAUCCGGAUGGGGAUGCAGACGGAACUCGGAUUCACAGGAGUUCUGGAUCAAGUUGUCCGAGGACGAGCACAAGCAGAAUCGACAUAUCGUCAUGCUGAGUGAUCCCAAGUACCGAACGACCGACGACAAGAUGAGACUCUGCCUCCCUGAACAAACCGUGGAGCCACCUCCUGAAGAAGCGGAAGAAUGUGUCAUCGGACCCUGGGCGAAGCACUUUCCAGAUAUUGCAGCUUCCAUUAGUGUCCCUGUUAUGUAUGCUGUGGGCGAACAUGACUGGCUUUGGGAAGGAACGUUCGAUAACGCUAGGGAGUUUGCUGCCUUCUUCAAGAAUUGCACUCGUUUCGAUGGAAGUGUUGUGCAGGGAGCACCGCAUGCCAUUGAGUGGAGCUACUACGCAGCAGGAUGGUAUGCCCGCUGCUUUGGAUUCGCCAUUGAAGUUGCAACACAUUUGACUGUCAUGAAAGAGAGUCCGUUCCGCUGA